AACGUAAACAAGACGCAAUUAAAACAAAGCAAAACAAACAAAAACACGUCAACACAAUUUCGAGCCAAUGAGUAUCGAGUCAUAUCUGCACUCCCUCAACACGACCCUACAGACUUUCGCCGAACAAGUCCAAUACUUCACUGGCGUCGCUCUGCAAUCCGUCGUUCAUUUUCGCACCGAAUUCGAUACCCUAACUGGUGACUUGCAGUGGCAGAGUCCCGUUGAAUUUACGGCAUUGCAGGCAACGCUGCUGAAGGUUUUGCUGGUGCUGCUGCUGGGCACGGGUGUGCUGAUUGCCUGGUCGUGGAGCGUCUACGGUCAAGUGAUCACCGAGAAGUUUGUCAGGCCAAGCACUUUGAAGGAAAUUGAGGAGCUUAAAUUAUCUGUGGCCAAAUUGAAGCUGCCCAAGGAGCAUUCACCCCGAAUCUAA